AUGGAACGCAAUUUUCUUUUGAUGCUUAUAUUGCCAAACGUUUGGGCAAUGUGUCCAAAUGGAUGCGUUUGCACCGACAAUGAAGAACGAGAAACAAAAUGCAAUGGAUCACAAAUAACAGAUCUUCCGUCGCUACUCGAUCCAAGGACGAAAUUAUUAAGUAUUUCAAACAGUCGAAUAAACAUGUUAGACGCCGACACGUUGGAGCUCUAUCCAGAAUUGGAAUAUCUGGACUUAUCUAACAAUGAAAUCGAAACUCUUAGGACAGGCUUGUUCCGCUGUCAAAAUAAGCUCCUCGCAUUAUAUCUGAAUGGAAAUAAGAUUGCUCGUAUCGAACGAGGAGCGUUUACUGGAUUAAAUGCUUUGCAGGUUAUCGACUUAUCAUCAAAUCGGUUAUCACUUCUCGAGCCACUAUCAUUUCAAGAGAUGUCAAAUUUGAUGGAAAUCAAUCUCUCAAAUAAUUUAUUAAAUUAUAUAGAGCAGGGAGUGUUUCAUGGCCUCGAUCACCUUCGCCUAUUAAAGAUUUCCUUCAACCGACUUCAAGCAGUCAAUUUCGAAAUGUUGGCCGAAAUCCCAAGAGUUCAAGGAAUCGAUGCUAGUCACAAUUUAAUAUCGCGCAUUUCAUUUGCUGCAUUUUCACAACAAUCUGAAUUGAGAUGGCUUGAUUUAUCGUCAAAUUUGAUCUCAGCAAUCAACGAAAGCUCAUUUAUUGAGCUGAAUUCUAUUCAACGUCUAAAUUUGAGCAACAAUAUGAUUCAUCAAAUCUCAGACAUAAAUAUUCAACAACUGUCGAGUCUUGAAGUGCUUGAUAUCUCUUGGAAUUCAUUAAUUGCACUGACAACUUCGUCAUUCGAAGGCCUUUCCAGUCUUCAGCACCUUAAUUUAUCUCAUCAACAGUAUUUAAAAGAAAUUCAGCCGAUUAGUUCGUACCUUUACCUUUUUGCUUUUCACUUCGCAAGUACUUUUUCUUUUCUUCAGCUAAAUGCUUUUUCGGGAUUGUCAUCGUUGAAUUCGCUGGAUUUGAGCUAUUGUAAGCAACUCCAGAAAAUAGAUGAGCAUGCUUUCGAAAUCAGGUCACAAUUGCGACAUUUUGACUUGAGCCACUGCUCACUUAGAAGUCUUUCAGAGGCCUUGAUCGAUUGGAAUAGGCUUUCAUCCCUAAAACUUGCUGGGAAUCCACUACAUUGCGAUUCCAAUUUAUUAUCAUUCUUGCCAAAUUUAUUAAAGAAAUUGUCUAUCAGUGAUAUGAAAUGUUCGACACCAGAAGAUGUUCUCGGUUGGAGGAUCGACUUAAUGGUAUUUAGAAAAUUAAAUUCCGGAAGCAGUUCUUUGAAUGAUUAUAACAUCAUCAAAUCUAUAUUAGACCAUCAAUUUUUGCUAAUUAUUGUAUCUUGCACAACAGUCACAGCAAUAUUGCUUGUACCAAUUUUUAAAAUCUAUCAACGAAUGAAGUCGUCCAUCAAAAAAUCCUACAAACCAGAUUUGCCGCACAAUCGUCCAGCGAUAACGGAUACUGUGGGUUAUGAUAAACGGUGUGCAUUUAAGGAAGUUUUUUAUUCACCAAGUGAAUUUACUGCGUCAACCUCGUCUACUUUCGAAGAUACAGACCAUUACACAAGCUUAAUGCGACAGGAUGAUCCUUAUAUUAAUGUAAACACCAACCGAUCAAAUGAAAGAUCCUCGAUUUAUAGCCAAAAUCAUCAACCGAAAAUCUAA